UUCGUAUCGACUCAUUGAAACAUAGAAGAAUCAAAAUGAAGUUCCUGUUUGUUGCUGCAUUCCUUGGUUUGGUGGCCAUCACUUUAGCUGGACCCCUUCCCGAUGCUCUUACAGCUUUCCAAGGUGAAAAGAUAGAUGAGCCAGUCAAAGUGGAAGAUGUAAAAGAUACUAGAGAUAAGAGAGGAGUGCUGGUCACAUCUUAUGCGACUGCGCCAAUUUCUGCUCCGGUUGCAUACACUUCUUUCGCAGGACCUGCACCGGUUGCUUAUGCUGGCCUUCCCGUCUCCUAUGUUCAAUCUUAUCCAUCAGUUGUCGGCUACAACUCCUAUCCUUCCUACGUGGUAGUUUAAUUUGGCUCUCUAGACUGAAUGAAAAUUGGCCUAAAACAAUUGUUUUAUGAAGUUUAUAAUUUUUACGAAAUCGAUAC